AUUUUUGAAAUUUUUGAAACAGAACUUUGCUGACGUUGAAAUUUUUCGAGUAUAAGACAAUGAAGUCGUUAGAAUUUAAAUUUGAACGAAAUUAGACGUCUUGCUGGGCGGUGGAUGGGUGUGUUGGUCUCGUGAUGGACUCAGUAAGAAACAGUCUUUAUUUCGACUUUUUUACACACAUAUUCUAGUUCACAUUCAUUUAGGAGCACAUCAAACCAAUAUUGAGUUUACAUGCACACAAUACAUCAUAAUCUGAGACACUAAGUGUUUGCUUCCAAUAAAAACUGUGAUUCCCUCUCUAUAGAAUCAGUUUUUGAAAUGCCCAGCAGGGAGUAGCGAACUCUCCCGAAGUUCGGAAUUUUUUGAGACAAUAUAUAAUUAUAAGUUGGUUUGAACUUGAAUGAAAUUAGAGGGUGUGUUGAUCUUGUGACAGUUUCAGAAGAAGUUAAUAUAACGUUUUAUUUGAAAAACGCUUCGUUUAUUUCAAGAUGACUGAGAUCGUUAGCGGAGUUUUGAAGCUGACGUUUGGAUUUUUAGUGAACAAGGCUCGCAAUAGAAUUGCAGAACGUUUAAACGAUGGCGACGUCACGGACGAAGAAUGUCGACGCUUGAUCGUGAGAGAACUCGAUGAUAUUAAGAGGAAGUUGGAUGGAUUGGCGAGAAAGGAUUUACUGAGCAGUUUUUGUUUUCUUCGAGAAGGAAUAAGUGGGCUUUAUCAGUCGCUACAGCAGUUUAAGGAAUCCGAGAAUGGAUCAGAAUCGAUCGAACAAGCAACUUCAGCUGGAGCUACGUCUUCUGAAGAAACUGGUCUUGUUUCUAAAAUCAACGAGGUUAUGUCUUUAAUAAACGCUUUCAAUUCAUUGAAAAUACAUUCCAAGGAACGCUUCGAGUCUUCCAAGAAAUCCUUCGAACUCGCUCGUGAAAAAGCCACCGAAGCAUUCUGCAACGAAGCUUUGUCCAUCGAGGACCGAAUUCAAGCGACGCAGGUUCGAAUGAUGGCCAGAAUUUUAGAAAAAUCAGAAGAUCCUGACGCGGGGGUAAACGAUUGCCUAGAAUACCUGAAGGAGCUUCAUGAUGUCAAAGCUAUUCAAGAAAUAUUUUCUGUUGUGAUUGACGGCGGAAUUAAAUCUCGGUUUAAUCAAACGAAGCGACUCAACAAUGCUUCGUCUGUUCACCAAAUGAAUCUGCUUUUGUUUAAGUUUGCCAAAAGGUUUUCGAAUUUGCAAACAGUGUUUUUUGAUUGGCCCGGGAUUUUGCUUGGAAAGAAAACUCAUCAUCCAUUACUCGGGAGUGAUCGCCUAAUUAAAAAAUACAAAGAGUCUGGUGCGGAAAUUACAUCGCCGUACCUGGGUUACACAUUUUCUGAAAGAAUUGGUGAAUCCCGUUGUGUAGUAAAUAGCAAAAGAGAAAUUGUUGUGAAAAUAGCGAGAGAUGAUUCUGUUGAAAUAUUGAAACCCUCAGGAGAAUCCCGUACAAUAUUUGAUCCUUCCAAACAAGAUGAUUUGCCAAGUUGCAAGGUUGCUGCGAUGGAUAUCGAUGCCGAAGAUAACCUUUACGUCAUCACGGCAUUUCGAGAAAGCGAUGAUCAACAAUGGAUUUACAAAUUGUUGAUAUUUGAUGAGCAUGGAGACAAAAAACUUGAGUCUCUGUUGCCUUUUGAACUCAACCCUUUAUAUGGCUAUGACGUACCCAUAGCAGUAAACAAUGACAAAAUGAUCGCCGUUUUUGAUCGAAGGUUACAAAUUCUACAUGUCGGAACUUCAUGUAAGACGAAUUCAUUUGAAGUCCAUAAUAGUUUUCAUCUCAAAGAAUUAUCUCACAGAGUGAAUAUGAUACGGUUUCUAGAUAAUAAUGGAACAAAAAUAAUUGCUACAGAUUAUCUUAAAUUUUGUUUUUAUAUCUACACGGAGAAUGGGGAGUUGGAACGCAAAGUUAUGAUACCUGAGAAAUAUGGAUCUAGUACUUCUGUUGCAAUAAAUUACAUCACAAAACGGAUCCUGGUUUUAACUGACGAUGGACGUUAUCUUUGUAGUUUCUCAGAAACAGGAGAGCUGAAAGACGAUGUUGAUCUGGAGUCUUGGUCUUCCGUUAUGAUAGUUUCUAAUCUCCAUGGUGCAGUUGCUUUGGUUUGGGAACAGCGCAUAAGUUUUCUUCAACUGUAGUGGACUUAUUUUCGU